ACCGUCAGCUCUUUCUCUCUUCAGUGACUAAACCAGCACACAGUACCUGUUCCAGUGCAAGGCCAGUCUGAGCAGCAGCGCUCCUGCUGUGGGCUGCAGGGAGCACAUCCACCAGGCUCAGCAUCUCCUGAGCUGCCCAAGGACACAUUCAGAGCUCAACGCUGACACCAGGUGUCUCUUUCCCUCCAGGAGCUGGAUACUGGCUUGGGGAGAGGAAGCAUGCAGUGAGCAGGAGGACCCAAGGCUCCCCUCGUCCCAUGAACCCAAUGAUAUAACUGUCAAGCCAUCCUGAAUAUCCCAGGAAUUGACCUGAAGACGGACAGAACAAACUCCACAACUAAAGGGAGAGAAGAGGCCCCAUUGGAGAAGAGCAUCCUGGGCGUUGAACAUGUUUUGGAUGGUUUCAGAGGGAAUGGUCUCUGCUUCAGGGCUGGACUCUUCCCCAGGGAGGGGUAACUUCUAGGAAGACCACUGAUCCUUCUUGAUAGUAGUCACACAAUGCUUCCCGGAGCAGAGCUCAGAGAAGAUUAAUGAAGAAAAGGCAUGCAGAACAUCCUGCCCCCACAGACGCACAGAUCAAAAUCUUCAUACACUGCAGUAAGAGGUGGAGGGAAUAAGAAAAACCAGAGAAAAGCCUUCCUCAGAGGUCCUAAGACGAGAGAGAAUUCACCAAGCGGAUGCUGGCAGGCCUCUCCAGGCCUUCACUUGGAUCUUAGCAUGAAGCCCUUCCUGAAGUCCUGUGAGGUCACUCCAUUGCUCAGUGAUGUGACACAGCCCACCCACUCUCUUCACACCCCAUUACUUGCAUCCUCUGCCUCUGAUACACCGUACAAUAUAGGCUGGAGUGUCCUACCUAAGGAGGUUGCCAUAAACAUGGAAAAGGCCUUGGGAGGAGGGAAGUUGCUGGAGGUAGUCUCUGUGGUCAAGGAGACCCUGAAGACAGCAUCCAGUGCCCCAGUGAACAUUGCAGUGACUGGGGACUCUGGCAAUGGCAUGUCCUCCUUCAUCAAUGCACUGAGGGGAAUUGGGCAGGAGGAGGAGGACUCAGCUCCCACUGGGGUGGUGAGGACGACCCAGAUUCCCACUCGCUACUUUUCCUCCCACUUUCCCAACGUGGUGCUGUGGGACCUACCCGGAAUAGGGGCAGGUACCCAAAGCCUGGAGAACUAUCUGCAGGAGAUGCAGUUUAGUCUGUAUGACCUCUUCAUCAUCAUUGCAUCAGAACAGUUCAGCAUGAGUCUCGUGAAGCUUGCCAAAAUCAUCCAGGACCUGGGAAAGAAGUUCUAUAUCGUCUGGACCAAGCUGGACAGAGACAUCAGCACAAGUGCCCACUUGAAGGAACGACUCAUGAAGAAUAUUCAGGAGAAUAUCCAGGAAAAUCUCCAAAAAGAGGGAGUGUGUGAACCCAACAUAUUCCUGGUCUCUAGCUUUGACCCCUUAUUGCAUGACUUCCCCAAGCUUAGGAGCACCUUGCACAGGGACAUUUCUGACACCAGGUACUUUGGUCCCCUAGAGAAUCUGUCCCACACUUAUAAGAAGGCCAUUAAUGACAAAGUGAUUACUUGCAGGAAGAAAAUAGCCUCAAAGUCUUUUGACACCCUUGGUAUCUGGAAUGCAGAUGAUCUGGAGCAAAGUCUGAUGGCCUACCGCUUGUUCUUUGGUAUAGAUGAUGAAUCUCUCUGUCAGGUGGCUCAGAGUAUGGGGAAGUCCAUAGAGGAGUACAGGGCCCUUAUGAAGUCUCGAGAUCUAAACACUGUCCGCAGAGGGGACUGGCCAUUUUCUUGCAUGAAUUGUAAUGUAGUCUCUUGCUUAUGUUUAAUUCUGAGAUGUAUCCCACUGUUAGGUGGUUUUGUUUUCAACUCCCUUAGAAAGUGGAAACACAGACGCCUCCUUGAAAUAGUUGCCAAGGACACCAAGGACAUCCUGAAGAAAAUCCUGACAGACUCCAUCAUCUGAAGAAGUGAUGUCUCAGCAGCCUCCUUCUGAAGGGAAGUCAGGACAUCUGGGGUCCUGUCCUCACAUCCUUUCUCAAUUCUCAGUCAAGCUCAAUUACUUUCACUUUCAUUGAUUGUCAGUUCCUUGAGGCAUAUGAGAUGACUUGCUCAUUUUGAACUCAUGUCAGGAAAUACCCAAAUAUGUUGUACUUUUGUCAUUUAUUAAAUGAGCCUGCAUCCAAAGGUGGAAGAAAAUA